AUGGGUGAUAAACACAACGUCGCCGCGGCGCCAAAGUCGUCUUCAGCUUCCAAGAACCACGCAGACCCACCCCCAUCAAUAGUCACAGAGCCCGAGGAGGAUGCGGAACGAUACUCCAUUGGCGGAUUUUUGGGGAAGGGAGGGUUCGCGGUCUGCUAUGAGGGCACCUUGGCUCGGAAUGGCCGCGUGUUUGCGAUGAAAGUUGUCAAGUCACAAAUGCCGCAGAAAAAGAUGGAAGAAAAGUUUCGAACAGAACUCCAAAUCCAUUCGAAAAUGCGUCACCCCUUCAUCGUUCAAUUUUACCGCGCUUUCGCCUUCGAGCAGAGUACAUACGUCGUUCUCGAGUUAUGUCCGAAUGGGUCAGUGAUGGAUAUGGUCCGAAAACGAAGGUGUCUCAGUCUUCCAGAAGUAAGGCGAUUUAUGAUUCAGCUUUGUGCCGGCGUCAAGUACCUACACAAGCGAUUCGUUGCACACCGCGACUUGAAGAUGGGGAACUUGUUUCUCGACCGUAACAUGAACAUCAAAAUUGGAGACUUUGGCCUUGCUGCGAUGAUUUUGUCAGACAAAGACGCUAAGCGGCGAAACACUUUGUGCGGGACACCGAAUUACAUUGCGCCCGAGGUUCUUGACAAGAGCAAGGGCGGCCAUACCCAAAAGGUCGAUAUUUGGUCAUUGGGUGUUAUAUGCUUUGCAAUGCUCACCGGAUACCCACCAUUCCAAUCAAAAACACAGGAAGAGAUCUACAAGAAGGUCCGAAAUUUGACCUAUGUAUGGCCAAAAGAAUCCGAAAACUCCAAUUUCAUUCCAGACGAGGCAAAAGAUCUGGUCAGUGCCUGCUUGAACCUGGUAGACGAGGAACGGCCGGACCCCGAUGACAUCGUUGAGCAUCCUUUCUUCAAUAUGUACGACGGUUGUAUCCCUCGCCAACUGGACCCAGCAUGUCGAUUCAACAAGCCAAUCUGGCUCAAAGACCAAUCACCCCGAGGCGACUCCAUGGUUAAGGGCUAUGGCCUCGACUCGGAUGAGAAGCUUCGUGCCUACGUCUAUCAAGUGGAUGAUCCUAGCCAACGGUAUCACUCUUGCAAGGCUGCGUUCUACUCGCUGUGUGGCGUCGGGAGAAAACCCGAUGGAACUGCUCGCAAGUCUGUUGGUCGAAACUGCUCAAAAUCGGCAUACUCGGAGUGCGAGACGGAGGAUGCAAGAGGUCUCCGGCCUCUCGUGCCUCUACCCAUGGAUUUUGUCUAUCGAUGGCCGCACGAGAUCGAGGGAGACUGGUGUCUGAUGGAGAGUUCUCGUAAAACGAUUCGCACAGAGGACUCCGCAAUGGACAGUAGCACUUUGUCUCGGCGCAGCGUGUCGGUUCGCACCAACGCAGUCGCAACUACUCGAACGAACGCUGCACUUGCGGCUGCCCAACAACGCAGGAUGGAGGGUCAGAAUCAUGCAGCGACACUUCGCCAACAGGCUCGCCCUGGAAUGGCUUCCGUCAGAAAAGCGCCAGUUAUCCCCGAAUUCGCAGAGCCCUCUGCCAGACCCUACCGAGAGCCCAAAGUUUCUGAACCUGCACCUUUGUCUAGCACUGAUGCUCCUGCAGGCGGGCUCGCCGAGAGGCCAAUUCGCACGCGAAGGAUGGUGUCUGCUUCCAACGCCCCUACGCUGCGUGAAAACGUGGUCCCUCAACUGGCCAAGUCUACGAGCAUGCCUUCUGGUCUAACAAUCGGUAAAACACGAUCGCAAUCCCGGAGGUUGGAAGCUGCCAGCCAAGGGUCGCAGCCAGCUGUCCCUACUAGUGACGCAAAGCUGUCUACAGUAGCCGAGGAGCGACGAACAAUAAGUCGCCAAGCCUCUCUGCGAUCCGUGUCCCGCACCGACUUGAAGAUUGCCGCUGAACGGGUUGAACGACCCAAGCUCAGUCCAACCGAGUCAGCUUUCUCAUCCACCCAACAUACUAAGUCAACAGCCCAACCCCAGGGUCUUGUUCGGACUGAUAGCAAGUCCAGCAAAGCUCGCUCCAGUCUGGGACUGAGCCCUAUUUUCCACCAAGAUGAUGUCUGCCAGGACCUGCCAGGUACUUCAUUGGCCGAUGUCAACACCAAUCUACGCCUUAUGUUGGCAAACCUGAUUACCCAAGGCCCCACCCGGCGCCGAGUCGGCUCCAGAAAGCAACCCCACGCCUAUGUGAUCAAAUGGGUUGACUAUACCAACCGAUACGGUAUUGGGUACGUCUUGGACGACGGCAGUGUGGGAUGCGUCUUCAAGGGAGAGAAUGGUCAGCCUGCCACUAGCGUUGUGGUUCGAGAUGGCGAGAGGCAUAUUCGUCGCAAGGCACGUAGUGUUGAUACUCCCGAGGAAAAGGGUAUCCCAUAUUCCGAGGCAGACCAACUUGUUCCUCGCGCCGGGGUGCCGGUGGAAUUUUACGAGAACCGUGAUGAUAACCUCCUUGGGUGCCGCGGCAUUCGACGAGCUUUCAUUGAUACAUCCCUUUUUGAUGCUAAACACUCAAAGGUGAUGAAGCUUCGAGCCAACUCUGGAUCCGAGUCUGAAAGGUCAGAUGUUGAGAAGAUCAAGCGGGUCAAACUGGUCGAUCAGUUUGGCAAAUACAUGAUUGGAUCUCUUGGUCGCCAUGGCGAUGAGGGGAUCACGGACGACACACCAGCCCCGAGUAGUGGCCAGUUCAUCAAGUUUUACCAGCGCCUUGGCAAUGUCGGCAUCUGGGGCUUUGGUGACGGCGCUUUCCAAUUCAACUUUCCCGAUCAUACCAAACUCGUCCUUGCACCCGGUCGCACUCGCAGCUCUUCUCCAUGGAUCGAUUUCUAUCACCUCUCCCCAUCCGCAGCUCGCUACUUCACUGCCAAGGGCAAGAUGCAUCCCUCGGGCUUUGACACUCGUGCCGUCGCUUCAGAUGAAGCCGCUACCUUCCUCAGCAUCGCCAAUGGAGAGUCUAUCAAUUCCGUGGAGGACCGCAUCCGUGAAAUCCUAGAUGCCAACUCGUUCUUGCAAAAGAUCAGCUUCAUCAGAGAUGUUCUUAAAGUCUGGAUCAAGUAUGGACGACUCGGCGGUCGUCCGUCUCCCGGUCGCUCUGCUUCUGGAGAUGAGUCGGCACCCGCUGAAAUGUUCUGGCAAGGGACACAGGACCGCUCCUCCGGCGGAAGCCAUGGAACGAAGUUUGUUUGGGUCACAGUCGGUGCACCUGAUGGCGAUGGCGCCUAUCGUUCGAUUAUGCUGAAAGACGGCGACAGAGAGAAGCUGGAGAAGAAGACAGGGAUGAAUUAUGACAAGGAGAUGGACCUGCUAAAGGAACGUUUGAGAGUCAUGGGUCGAGAGUAA